UUCGAGAUUCAAGUUCGCCGAAGAAGAAGGGAAGAUGACCGGGAGGAAGAGCGGCGAGCGGAAGAAGGCGGUGACCCGGUCCAUGAAGGCUGGACUCCAGUUCCCCGUCGGCCGCAUCGGGCGCUAUCUCAAGAAGGGCCGCUAUGCGGACCGCAUCGGCUGGGGCGCCCCCAUCUACCUCGCCGCCGUCCUCGAGUACCUUGCCGCCGAGAUGUUGGAGUUGGCGGGCAAUGCGGCCAAGGACAACAAGAAGACCCGCAUCAUGCCGCGCCACCUGCUUAUCGCCACUCGCAACGACGAGGAGCUAUCCAAGCUGCUUGACGGCAUCACCAUCGCCCAUAGUGGCGUGUUGCCCAACAUCCACUCUGUGUUGUUCUCCAAGAAGGCCAACACGCUCUAGCAUAGCAACUUCAAACAGAAUCCAAGAAUAAUUGUUUACCUUAUGAGUUUUUGCUUAGCUUGGAUUCUCGUACCAAGAAAAGGAGUAAUGUCUUUUCCCAAUUUUUAAAACAUAAACUUUGUUUUCCAUUUUCCCCAUAAUGCGCAUCUGCAGGCAGACCCGGGAUUAAUUCUUCAC